AUGGCCUAUGGUCAUACAUAUGAAACAGCCGAACCAGAAGACUUUUCGCCACUUGGGGACACAUCCUUUUUAGUGAUGUUACAAAAGACCGACAAGCUUCUGAAGUUGGGCAAUCCUGGUGGUGGUCAGAUGUGCGACUCCUUGCGAUUUGCCCUGAUGAGCCUAAAAGAUUUUGAAAGAAAAUAUCGUCUAGUCGAGCUCUUUAAGAUACCGCAGACGACGUUUUCGUUGAUAACUAAUCUAGUCGAGUUCCCGGGAUACGCAAGUUGGGCGUCGACUGGCGGCGCGGGGCACAAUCAUGUACAGACAGAAAUGCACGCAGUCUUUACCAACUCAAUCACUUUGCUAGCCAAUUCAGUUUAG